AUGUCUACCGCGAUCGAUAACGGCCGUGUGUUCUAUACACGCAUCGUGUCGGGUAACCGUUGGGAAUUGGUUUCGGUGUCCGAGGACAGCGGCCAGAUUGCUUGGGUGGUGGAUAUGGGUACGCUGUCCCGGGUGAACUCGCCAGCCGUCGGCAAUGGGCGCGUGUACGUGACGUCGACUGGCCAUCAAGACUCGUUCUUGUGGGUGUAUGACCAAGCGAGCGGUGCAUUGGUCCAAAAACUGAAAAUGACCUCGCAAUGGAGUCGGUAUUCGGCGCCUACCGUGUAUGGCACCGAGGUGUAUUCCAUCGAUGGUUACCACGGCGGCUUGAGCAAGUACACCGACCGCUCCAGCAGCUUUAAUUGGAGCGUUCCGGCAACCAUUCAGGAUGGCUGGGCUCCUUCUACGAAUGGACGCUUUGCUUACACCUACAGCACGCCAGACAACCACCUCUUGGCCUUCGAUGUGGCCGAUGGCCGUCUUGCUUUCUCGAUAGGUGAACCGUACAACUUCAGCACCUAUUUCACGGCGGCCCCGGUGGUGUUGGCUGAUGAUCAACUCGGAAUCGUGGUGUCGGGCAGCCUUAUGGCUUUUGACUUGGCCACCCGCAAGCGCGCUUGGGUCAUGAGCAUGGCGUCAUCAGGCAUCCCCGCGGUUGGCAAUGGCACCGUGUAUGCAUUUGGCGCGAACGGUACGGUGCUUGAGGCGCACGAUCCCAAGACAGGGGAUCUGCUUUGGACCUCGCAGAAUCUCGGGACGGAAAGCUACUCCUCCGUGAUCGUGACGCGGAAUCUUGCUUUUGUGAGCUCUCGAUCCAAGACGCUGGCAAUUGACUUGGGUACGCGCAAGGUAGUGUGGAGUUAUCCAUUGGGUGGAAACCUGGCCAUUUCCGCGCGCGGUGUGCUCACCAUCUUGAGCGAUGUGGGCGCGCUGGCCGCCGUCAAUCUUCGCUAG